AGGGAAUCCAAUAGAAAUUAACAGCAAUGGCUUCCUCUUGCAAUCUCUUCUCCAUUGUUAUCUUCGUCGCUGCUCUCUCCUUCGCUUGUAUGAUCGACAGUGGUCUAGCCGCCCGUCACCUCCUCCAACAGCAGCCGCCUCAGCCAUUACCUCAGAUGCCACCGCUGCCGCAGAUUCCAAACCCUACCAUGGGACUGCCUCCGUUGCCAUCUUCAUUUCCACAGAUUCCUAAGAUGCCUACCAUCCCUACAACGGGAUUGCCUCCGUUGCCAUCUUCGCUGCCGCAGCCUUCACUUCCAACUCUUCCCACCGCACAACCUUCUCUCCCGACCAUUCCAACCGCUCUGCCUCCGCUUCCAAAGGUGACUUUGCCUCCUUUCCCGACCGCAAUGCCUUCUCUUCCCACGAAUUUCCCUUCCAUCCCCUUCCUCUCCCCACCUCCUUCAACCUCCACGUCUAGUCCUUGAGAGUCAUUGUCUUCUUUGUUGCAUUUUCUAUGUAUGUUUACCCAUAUUUGUUUACUUUGAAUUUGUCGUUUGGGUUGCUCUUUCGAUACUACACGCAACACGAUGCUUUGAUUUGGUUUUCUUUAGUUUCCCUUAUACCCUUUUGUUAUUGAUAAUAUAUUUUGGAUUUGGUUUGUAUCAUUUGAGUGUUUGAUUUA